AUGUUUGGUGCCACGGCACCUUCGACAGUCAUCGGGGCCCCAGCCGCGGGCUUCGGUAAGGCGCCGGCGACGUUUGGCACCACCACCUUAACCGGCACGAACACAACGGCACCCACUGACGGCGGCUUCGGCUCUAAGACAGGCACCUCGACCACGCCAGGCUUUGGCACCGCGUUUGCUGCCCCGAUGACCAGCGCCGCUCCUGUGUUUAGCGCCACACCAGCUGGGGGGGCGGCUGGCUUUGGUAGUGGCUCUGCAUCAGGGACCACUGCCCCUGGUGGAGCUGCCGGUGUCGGCACGUGCGGCUUUGGAGCUGGCGGCGGUUUUGGGGCGAAGUCAGGAGGGGGUUUUGGCACCCACGCCACCUCUGGCUUCGGAGCGCCCGCAACGGCGGGCAUCGGCUUUGGCUCAGGGGCAGCAGCACCGGCAGCGACUGGCGGUUGGGGCAUGCAGCAGCCCAACCCCACCAUGCAGCCCCAGGCACCCCAACAGCAGCAAGCGACUGUGCACCUGCUGCAGCCGACCGUCACGCUGCAGGACUUCACGCGGCAGAGCGCCCUCGCCAGCUAUCUCGUCAAGCUGGACGAGUCCUACAACGCACUACACCCCAACUGCCACUUCAGGGCCUUUGUGUACAACACGUGCGGGGCGGGGCAGGCCAUGGACGCGAUUCAGAAGGAGCGCUACACAGCCUACCUUAACGGCGGUGGAUGCAGUGAUGAGGCCUACAUGCAAGCUCUCCAAAAGAGCCCCGACCCCGGCCGCCUCUACCCCUCCCCCAUCCACUUCUCCCAGGAGCUCCGGCGGCGAACUGAGAAGCAGCGGGAGGCGGUGAAGGUGCUGCAGAGGAAGGCGGCGGAGCUCCUGCAGGAUGUCGACACGGUGGCGGGCAUGGACGCCGCAAACGUGCGGCGGCAGCGCGAGGUGGAGCAGCAGGAAGUGAUGCUGCUCCACCGAUGGUACUCGCUUCUAUGCAAAAUGGAGCUGCUUCGUCGCCACGGCAGCUCAUACGGCGAGGAAAGCUUGCUGAACAGCCGCGUCGAGCAGCUCCGCCAGCUAUUGCGAGCGCCUGGUCGCUACAGUCAGUUGUUGGGUGAGCUGCGGCCGUUCCUGACGGAGGAGGCAUCGCGUGUGGCAAUGGUCGCCCAGCAGUCGGCAAACAAGUCGGAAGCGCGUCAACAGCAGCCUGGCUUCAUCGGUGCCGCGCCGGCAGUGUGGCGAAGCGCAGACGGUCAGCCACUGCUGCGCUCCGAGGUGGAUCCGUACAUGAUGAGGGACUGGAUCCAGUUUACCAAGCAGAUGCAGGACGGGAUUGAGGCACUGGAUGAGUUGCUCAAGACAGACCUAAAGGAGAUGCAAGCGAUCCGCAGUCGUGUGGAAGCUUCUUAG